AUGACGCCGGCUCUCAAACAAAACGAUCACGAGUUGAGUGAGCUGGCACCAGCAAGUGACGUAUUAUACUGGGCAGAGCCUCGAAACCUCGAGCUCCAAGCGAGCUAUCGACUAGAAAAUGUAUUCCUUACGGAACCGGCCCAAUCAAAAGUGGAGAUCGUUUUGUACAGUUUCCGCUCGACAACACCAUCCGACAUUUCUGGACAGAGACGACAACAACCCGUUCUGGUUGCGCACCCACAGGUGUUACGAACGCUGUUGUCUGGUGAUGAUGCACGAAGCUGCUCCAGGAUUAUGAUGAUUCAUCGACUGAAUUCAUGGAGUCGGAUAGAUGUGACGGCGGACAUGUUCCAGGCCAUUUGCGACCUCGAUAAGGUUAUGCCUUGCUUUCUUAAGAUCGUUCGGGGGUUCGCAAAGAAGUCAAGAUCACACGAUGAGAAUUUUAUGGCUUGCUAUAGUCAGCUGCAUCUGUCAUCGCGACCCAGAAGUUGCAUGAACAGCGACUGCACCACGCCAAUGCCUCAAGGCACUAAAGAAGGCAUCAGCUCCAUUUGUUACAACAUUCGAUACUUCGAACGUCACGGGCGUGCUCUGGACGAUCCCUGGUCCUGCAGACAAUCUGCCAUUCAUGUGAAGGUCUCGAUAUCGACCAGGAAAGCGAGUAGCGUCAUUGUUCAGGCCCCCGAGGAGUUUCACAAAGAAGUAUCAACAGUCUUGGACGAGAAUCAUGUGCACCCACUUCAUAUCCACCUCAUCUACCUAUCCAUCAGCCUCAAAACCUGGCGAGACUACUUGAACCACAUCGCGGACAGGCUGCGGGAUCUUGAAUUGGAAGUUUCCAUCUGCAAACCGUACGGCGAAUUCGGGUUCAGUCUGUCAUCAAAACAAUACAUUCAUACCCUAAGACACAAACUUUACCAUGCGCAGUGUAUACUCACGAACACAUUGGACACCAUCAGAGCCAUCAGAGCAUAUGCUAAAAAGAUCUCAGCGCUUUGUGAUCUCCCAUCCACGAUGCAGCAGGCCUUUGAAAUUAGGCUAGAGAACCAAGCCAAUGAGCUGAGGAACCACUCUCGGUAUGACGAUAUCCUCAAGUCCUACCAACAAGAGCUUUUACAUAAAAACGGCGUGCAUCUUGCCACAAUUGCCCAAUCAGACUCGGCGGAGACGAAAUUCAUGGCCUCCAUAUCUGACAAGACGUAUCAAGACUCUCGAACGAUGAGGAUCGCCACACUGAUUGCAAUGCUCUACUUACCUGCGAACUUGGUUCUCUUGGCAGUUGUCAGUUACGCGAUCAACAACCGGGGCUUUCGCUACAGUCUCAAUGUAGAGUUUCUGCCUGUCAUCUGGGACGCCGCCCGCGACAUAAUCGGGACUGGUGAUAUCAUACAUGGAGAUAUCAAGCCCGAAAAUGUUCUUGUCUUUGAAGACGUCCCGGGUCAUUAUACCGUACGGGUAGCUGACUUCGGAUAUUCAACCCUUUACGGCAGUGAAAGCCAUCCAUUGAAGCUGCCAAUAUCGCUUCCUUGGAACGCUCCAGAACACGACAGGUCAGCUAAGGAGUGGAAUCCAGCCCAGGCCAAAGUGACCGACAUAUACUCUUUUGGAUUGGUGUCGUUCUGGCUGAUGUUCCACCCUUGGCUUCGUAGGGACAGACCAGAGGCUCAAGACAAGCGUGACACGUCAGUAGCAGUGGCGACGGGGACAAUGAACGUAAACGAAACGGCGCUGGAUCGUCUCAUAAUGCUCAAGGAAAGCGGUGAAAUCAGGACCCAGUCUCAGCUGCUCGUUUACUCGGAGGCUUCCUUGUCAGAGCGCUACCAGACUGCCUUGAAGGACUUCUUCGCAACAAGCCUGAGCUUGGAUCCUGGGGAACGCGAGGCGAGUCUACGGAGCUUGGAUCCUGGGGAUCGUAAACCGAUUCUACAGAGCUCAUGCUCUGGGGAUUGCGUGGAAGUUGAACACGGGUUCGUAAACUCCCAGGAGAACGGCGUUCGCGAAAAUUGGCUAUUGAACUUGUCCAACACUCCCCCCAGCCUCAACGUCAAGCUGCCGCAGCGGCCACUCAGGAGCAGUGAUUUCAAGCUUGGGAGGUCGCUUUGCGAUUUUUACCGUUCCGAUUUCAGGGUUCGGCGCCAUAUUGCAGCGCAGAUUAUAGACGAGCACGUGCGUACUGGCAACUUGGGCGCACAAGCAGCGGUCUGCCACCAUAUAGGUUUCGGCAACCGUCGAAACGAGGAAAAGACGCUCAACAUCCUUAACCGCUGUGAGGGGUCCAGGCGGUCCUUCCAACCAAAUCUGGCCGGGGAGUGGCAAGAUCAAGGCAUCCUCGAGGAGGCGGAGACUCAACUUGAACAGGAGAUGGAAGACUUGGACGCCAGCCUGAGCACCUACCACACACUGAUUCUGCUCUCCAGGAUGAUUUUAAGUACGGUAUAUCGUUUCCGUGGACGUUGGAAGGAUGCUGAGCGCCUGGCUGCCAAUGUCAUCAAGAUACGGGAGGUCCAGGUGGGGGAGAACCAUGCCGACACAUUCGUCGCCAUGGCUCACAUGGCCACACUGUCGCAGGGUCAGGAGCGUUGGAGGGAUGCAGAAGCUCUUCUUAGAGAUAUCGUGCAGCGAUCGAGACAUUCUCUGGGUAUUGAACACGCGGACACUCUCACAUACCAGCUUCGCCUUGCAUGGGUUCAUAUUCAGCGGAACCGACUUCAGGAUGCGGACGAGCUGACAAGGACAGUUCUUCUCACUCUGAAGAAUGUCUUUGGGGAAGAACAUCCCAAAACAUUGGCAGCUAUGGACAUCUUGUGUUGCGUUCUCCGAGGUCAAGAGAACCAUCGAGACGCGGUGAAUCUGGGAAGGCGAUUAUUUAAGCUUAGCUCGGGGUCCAUGGGCACCGCGCAUCCCAUCACCCAGCAGGCCAUGUCAAACCUGGCAACAGCUUUAUGGCACGAGGGGUUAUUCGACGAGGCGGAAGAGCUCGAAAUACUACUGCUUAAUGCGCUCACCGAGUCGAUGGGGCCAGACCACCCAACCACCAUCAUCGCCGAGGAAAACCUGGCUGGUACGCUGUGGUCAAAGGGCAGGAAGCAGAAGGCCGAGGAGCUGGAAAGGGUGGCCCUGGAGAAGAGUAUUCGUGUUCUUGGAGUCGCUGACCCAAAAACGUACGGUAUAGCCGCGAACCUAGCGACGGAGCUCGCACACGGGGCGCGGUGGGGUGAAGCCCAACAAUUGGCACUGCUCAUCUUGAAUGACGAGGCGGCGGUCCAAGGGCCGCAGACCCGCGACGAUCUGAAUGCAAAGCUAAUGCUGGUCAACAUAUUGUUUGUGUCGGGGAAUCGCCCCAAGUCCGUUGCGGUUCUCAGUCAGAUAUUGAAGGAAAUUGUGCAGCACUCUGGCCCUGAUGAUCCAGAGGUCUGUUAUCUUCAACUGGUUUUGGAAAAAUGGCGGGAGGGCGCACCAGUCCGCGAGGCUAUGCUCAUUUUUUCCGAUUCUAUGGACUUCCCUAUCCCACCCCCGGCUCAAGGAUAA